UCUCUAUCUUUGUUUGCAUGUGAAGUGCAAGCGUCUUUUCCUUGCCACACUGGAAGUGCCGCGUCGCUAAUUCUGCAAGCUCCUAAAAGAACUCCAGACCAGAUGUUUCAUUUCAGGACGCUGCUUAUAUAGGUCCAGAGCAUGGUCCGGUACCACUGCGGAGGCUACACUUUAUUCAACUAAAUAUAUACAAAACAAACACUUGGGGAGUGAGUGCGCGCCGGAAGGUGGUUUCGCGUUACAGUUACGAAAGGAGGAGAAAGUCGUUGGCGGGAAAGGCGAAAGUUGAACAAAGAGUUAUGCAGUAAUAUUGGCAAACAGUUAUAUAGUAAGUCAUGAUAGUGGAAUUGUCUGAAUAUGUGGUUAUUGGAAUUGUACUUUUAAAAAGGUGCUCAAAAAUACCACACAAGUAUAAGUAUAAAUUUAGUAUGGCGCGACAAUAUAACCUUUUUUGAAGGCGCACACAGCCUUGAAGUACGCUUAGAAAAGUCUAUCUAUCAUCAUGUAAAGUUUUACCCGCUCACCAAUACUAAUACCCCAAUAACGCUUCCCGAAUGACGCGAAUGCUACGCCGCAACACCAUCCCACCAAGCCCACUCAACCGCUGCGCAACCACUCGUGGCUAGCUGUCUGUUGAGCAGCCAAUCCAAUCCAUGCUCAUUUGCUUUCCCGCCUUCAGCUGUCGGACUCGGACGCGUUGUGGCGUUGUCUCUUGUCUCUGUGUGUGCAUCGGGAAAUUUCGUGCUUUAUGUGACAAGCGUGUGAGUGCAUGUGUACACAGAGAUGUGGGAGUCGUGCUGAUCGUCUGUGAAGAACUAUGCGGAUAGCUUUUCAACAAUGGGAUAUCAAGCUUCCGGCAACUAUGCAAGGCACGGUUUAGUACUUCAAGAACAUGCGUCGUCCCAGCAUCUCGGCCAGCACGCAGGUGGCUUUCAACAAGGUGCUGCAUCCUCACCGUGGAGUCCCUUUCUUGGAGAAGGCAGAGGAUAUGUCGGCGCAAACUCUAUUGGACCGCAGAGCCAACUGUACAGCAGGGAUACCACUGUGGAUAUGCAUGCUCGUGACAGCCGUGUUGUAUAUGGUGCCCCCUUCUCGGGAUACCAAUCUCCAUGUGAGACUAGUAAUGCAAGGCGCUUUUGACCAGUCAGUAACGUCGCGCCUAUGGUCCACAGAGAAGAAAUGCGCAAGUCGCACCACAGGUUGCAGCCCAGGGCACUGGACCAGCAUAGCUACAGCACUUCCACUGCUCGUGGUACUACAUUGCAGACAGACUGAGAAGGUCCGCAACGAGCACCCCUGCGCUGCAAUCACAGAUGACGACAUCGUCAGUGUCUUUGCUUCCGAUAGUGCUCAAGAAGAAUGUCAUGAUGAUAGCGUGGAUGCACCAGCUGUGAUGCUAGAAAAUGCGCGGGCAGCACUGAGAACAGUGCUAUUAUUUUUUGUGCAACAGAACAAUAUUUCGCAAGUCAAUUCCAUUAGCAUAGGUUUGCAAGAACUGGAUGCGUGUAUUAGAAUGAAACAGACGACAACAGUGUGGCUUACUUCUCUCCUUUAUUGUUUUACUUCAGGAGCAACAGCUGGCAUGUGUGACAUUAAAGAAGAACCUCAAGAAGACUCUUCAAAUGAAGAUCCAAGCAUAGAAGUGAAAACAGAGCCUUACAAUGUUCCAGUCUUGGCAGGACAGGAACAAAUCGAACACAGCUGCGACCCAACAUCAGAAGAGUUCUUCGAGAGCAUGGACCUGCAGCGUCACAAGGGGACCAACACAGGCGAGAAGUUGUACAAGUGCAAUGUCUGCCCUGCAGUGUUCAGUCAGAGUAGGCACCUACAGGUUCAUAAGCGGACGCACACGGGCGAGAAGCCAUACAAGUGUGAUGUCUGCGCUGCGGAGUUCAGCUUGAGCGGGAACUUACGGCAGCACAAGCGGACGCACACAGGCGAGAAGCCAUACAAGUGCGAUUUCUGCCCUGCAGAGUUCAGCCAGAAGGGGAACCUACAGUAUCACAAGCGGAUGCACACAGGUGAGAAGCCAUACAAGUGUGAUGCCUGUCCUGCAGAGUUCAGCCGGCACGAGCACCUACAGGUUCAUAAGCGGACACACACAGGCGAGAAGCCAUUCAAAUGUCAUGUCUGCCUUGCGGAGUUCAGCCAGAAGGGGAACCUACAGUACCACAAGCGGACGCACACAGGCGAGAGGCCAUACAAGUGCGAUGUCUGCCCUGCAGAGUUCAGAUGGAACCAGAGCCUACUGAAUCACAAGCGGACACACACAGGCGAGAAGCCAUACAAGUGCAAGGUCUGCCCUGCAGAGUUCACCCGGAGUGCAGAGAUGCAGUGUCACAAGAGGACGCAUACAGGUGAGAAGCCAUACAAAUGUGAUAUCUGCCUUGCGGAGUUCAGCCGGAGCACAGACAUGCAGCAUCACAAGAGGAUGCACACAGGCCAGAAACCAUAGAAGUGCGACCUCUGUCCCGCAGAAAUCAGCCACAGUGUUGAGUGACAAGCCAUACAGGAGCAUUUUCUGUUCUACAAACUUCAGGCAAAUCACAAACCUGCCCCUUUGCGAGGGGCUGUUCAUGGACAUGAAGCCAUACAAAUGCAACCUCUGUCCUGCAGAGUUUAGCCACUGUCCUCACACACACUAGCUGUAGAACAAGCUGCUAGCAGAGCAGGAGCUAGUUCAGCCAGUGCAUGAACCUGUGGUUUCACAAGUAGCCACGAGGUGCCUGGGAUAGCAACAGUACAAGUGUGGGGACCGUGUACACAAGAAAGAGGCCAUCCAAGGAUCAAUUCUGUUGUCCUAAAUUCGGAGGCCUGAAGAAGCACGUGGUCAUGCGCAGAGGGUGAAGGCUGUACAGACCCAGUUCGUAUCCCACAUCAUUUUAUUUCUGUCCAAUGUUGUGAAACUCACUCUCAUGAACAGACUGAGGUUGGAAAAGAGGUGGACUGGUGUUGGAUUGGGUGGUGAUGCAUGUGAAAUGUCAGGAAACCCAGCGUCAAGGGAACAAUAUCUAUGGAAGUGAGACUGUGAGACAGUUCUAUGUGCCAAUGGGAAUUAAAACCAGUUGUGAUGUUUGGUGUGUCAGGUAGCAUUAGUGUUAUAGGGGAUGUGCGACAAACUGGUAGCGCCGUGUUGUGACCUCCGGAGAAAGUACCUUGCAUGAUAGCCGCUGGGUCUCUAGCUUUGCUUGCAUGUGAAGUGCGAGCGUCUUUUCCUUGCCACACUGGAACUGCCGCAUCACUAACUCUGCAAACACCUAAAAGAACUCUUAAUUAAGGGCCAGAUGUUUCGUUUCUCGUGAUUUCGACGCUUCCAAUCAGGGCUCGGAACCGUUAUUUUGGGGGGUUCGGGUUUGGGUUCAGUGCAACCAAAAUAAUGGUUUACGUGUGCUGUUCUAAUCGGUGUACCACAUGUGAGAGGGAAUAUCAGGUUCCGGCAAUGG